AUGAAGAAUGGGACUCGGACCUCUGGCCCUGAAAACGCAUUCAUGCUCGGAUCCGCCAUCAGCCUUCGACUCGGCAGGUUUGCUCGCUUCGCCCAGGCCGCGCAUCUUCUCUCGCAGGUCUUGCACCAAGUAGCAGACAAGUCCAGCGACACGACGCAACUACGACGAACCAUCUUUUCCCUCGUUAACGUGUCGAGAAUAGAAGCAGACAUGAGGCAAUUGGAAUUCUGCACACAAAUGGCAGUCUACAGUGGUAUUCUUCUCCUCGACCACCCAACACUGCUCCCUGCUUCUCAUUCCAGAACAGAUGAUUUGUCAAACGAAACCUCAUCCAUUCUCCAGAGCGCUCUCAAAAUGUCUCUGUACUUUUCGGACGCCUUCGUUGCAAGGGUAUGCGAUUUGAUAUCCCCGUUCCUGCUAUAUCUCAUGUACAAAGUGACGUCUGUGUGCAUGAGGCGUAGUUUUGGCCAGGGCUCGGAGUCACUGGACGUGCGGAAUGCGGAGGCCAUGAGGCUUUCGUUGAAGUAUUUGAGCCGGAGGUGGCUUGCUAUGUUUAUUUGUCGCUGUUGGACCGGCUUGAUGUGUUGUUGA